UAAGUUUGAUUAUCUGAAUGACUUUGUACUUGUAUGGAAAUUAUAAAUGUCAAUUGGGUUACAGAUUUCUGUAAAAUAGUAACAUUUGGCAGUUUUAAAAUUUCAGUUGGCAGUCUGAACAAAUGUCAACAAUUAACACUUUACAAUUUGUAUAUUAUCCAUUCUAGGGCUUCCUGCAUUGUGUUUUUUUUAAAACUCAGUCUGUUACGUGGAAUUGUAUACGUAACGUACCCCAAUUGUAACAAAAUCUAUCAAAUCCCGUACCCAAAAAGUGAGGUUAGGUCGCCCUAAAAAUGUCCAGAAAACGCGACAUUUCGCGCGAAGAAAUCGCCCGACAGUUCCUCCUGCCCGAACGCCAGUCCAAAAUCGACACCCUCUUGAAGCAAGAUGGGCAAGCCUACUGCAUUUGUCGGUCCUCGGACAGUUCCCGUUUCAUGAUCGCCUGCGACGCCUGUGAAGAGUGGUACCACGGCGACUGCAUGAACAUCUCGGAGAAGGAAGCCAAGCUCAUCAAGCAGUAUGUUUGUAUCCGGUGCUCCGAAGAAGACUCUUCCUUGCAGACGCGCUGGAAGACGAAACGGGAUGACGCGAGCGCGAACACGAACAGCGAUGAGAGGCGGUCGCGGAAGCGCAAGGACAGGGGCGAGACGAAGACCGACAAGAAGAUGAAGAAGUGUGGGGAGUGCAUGGGCUGCUACCGGACCGAGGAUUGCGGGAGGUGCGACGUGUGCACGAGGAGGAGUCGGCAUGGGACCGUGAAGAACAAGGAGCGGUGCAAGCAGAGGAUCUGUGUUAACUUCGGGGGUGGGCGGCGCAAGAGGCGUGACUCUAGCUCGGAGCGCGACGGCCCGCCCAACGCCCACCUCCAGACCGACUACCCGCGCCAAUGCUACGGCCCCACGUGUACCAGCAGCGCCCGCUACGGCUCGAAAUACUGCUCCGACGAGUGCGGCCUCAAACUGGCCACCAACCGAAUCCUCCAAGUUCUGCCCCAGCGCAUCCAAGAGUGGGCCCUCAGCCCCUGCUCCGCCGAGGAGUCCAACAUCAAAGCCCUCGACCAAGUCAGGAAGCAACAGUUCGAAGUGAAGCAAAUCCUCCAGGAGCUCGACAGCAGACACAGGGAGCUCGACGCCAUCAUAGACCGGGCUAAAAGCGCCACCAUCGACCCCAACGUGGACUACGACAAUGAAGAGGAGUCGGAGAUGUCCACCAUGUAUUGUAUAACGUGCGGACACGAAAUCCACGCCAAGACCGCGAUCAAGCACAUGGAGAAGUGCUUCAACAAGUACGAGUCUCAGGCGUCCUUUGGGUCCAUUUUUAAGACCAGGAUUGAGGGCAACAACAUGUUCUGCGAUUUUUUUAAUCCCGGGAAUAGGACGUAUUGUAAGAGGUUGAGGGUGCUGUGUCCCGAGCACUGCAAGGAUGCGAAGAUUGGGGAGUUUGAGGUUUGUGGUUGCCCUUUGGUGACUAACGUGUUUGACUUGACGGGGGAGUUCUGUCGGGCGCCGAAGAAGGCGUGCGGGAAGCAUCACGUGUGGGAGAAGUUGAGGCGGGCCGAGAUUGACUUGGAACGGGUGCGACAGUGGUUGAAGAUGGACGAACUCUUGGAGAAGGAAAGGCAAAUUAGGAACAGUAUGGCGUCGAGAGCUGGAGUGCUCGCACUCAUGUUGCACUCCACGUAUAAUCAUGAGGUUAUGGAACAGAUCACGAAAGCGAGUCAACAGGAUCAAAAUGCGAUGCAGAGGGAGUUGGCGAAGAGGUUUAAGAGUAGCACGAAGGCGCGAUUGUGUUAGUUUAAGGUGUUCUGUGUUAAUAAAGUUGUUCUCUAUA